CAUUUAGAAUUAUUUUGGUUGGAAAUAAAUGCGAAAUCGUGGUAGCAUGAUUGUUUUUGAAGGUUGUGAUUUGUCUGGUAAGUCAACGCAAUGCAAGCUAUUAUAUGAAAAUCUUAUAAUUAAUAAUAUUUCAUGUGAACAAAUUAGGUUUCCAGAUAGAACCACCUAUAUAGGUCAAUGCAUUGAUUCAUAUUUAAAUAAUAAAAACGACCUCGAAGAUCAUGCAAUUCAUUUGCUAUUUUCUGCCAAUAGAUGGGAGAAUAUGAAAAGGAUUGAAGAAUUAUUAUUAGCUGGCAUAACUGUCAUAGUUGAUAGAUAUGCCUAUUCUGGUGUUGCAUUUUCCUCUUCAAAAAUGAAUAUAUCUAUAGAUUGGUGUAAAUCAUCCGACACAGGGAUGAUAAAACCAGAUAUUAUAUUUUAUAUAGAUAUAAACCCGGAGAAUACUCAAAAUAGGUUAAAUUUUGGAAUUGAAAGAUAUGAAAGCCUUUUAUUUCAAAAUUCUGUAUAUAAUCAAUAUUCGAAAUUAAUUGAACCUGAUUGGAAUAUUAUUGAUGGAAAUAAAGAUAUCCAGAUUAUAUCUGAUGAAAUAUUUGAUAGAGUUAAAUGUUAUUUGGCAAAUGAAAAACUCAAUGAUAAGCUGGAUUUACUAUGGGUGGAAUCUAAUAAUUUUAAAUAAUAUAUCCUAUAUUUAUUAGACUUUUAUAAAUGAUUAUACUAUUUAUGAAUUACAUCACAUUAUAUAUGGAAAUUUUUACUGAUUAAAAUGACUUA